AUGCUACUUUCCACUGUUUUGUUCACGAUCCUUGCUCUCGCGCUCUGCGCUACAGGUGCUCCCUCUGCCAUCUCAGGCUCUCCUCACAUCGUUCAUGACUCCCGCCGAAAUAUACCCCGCGGCCCCGUGCGGCGUGCCGAACCUUCCUUUAUUCUGCCUCUCCGUUUUAGUCUCGUGCAGCCCAACCUGGGAUACCUAGAAGACUUCGUCAUGGAUGUGUUGCACCCCGAAUCGCCUAAUUAUAGCAAGCAUUGGUUGGCCGCGAAGAUCUCUCAGACAUUCCGUCCCGCAAAAGAGUCUAUUGAGACUGUGCAUUUAUGGCUUGUCGAGAGCGGCAUCGAUCGGGCCUCCGUGAGGUUCAGCCAGGGCGGUGGGUGGCUUGAGGCAAACGUUACGUUGAAGCAGGCGGAGCGCCUGCUGCAAACAGAGUACCAUGUCUACCAAUCCGGCGAAGAGGGCGGUGGCCAGCAUAUCGCAUGCUACGAGAAGUACCACCUGCCCGAGCACGUCGCAAAGCAUGUCGAUAUUGUGACGCCCACACUGCAUUUCGAUACGAAGCCGAAGACGAGCGUGCCCCAGAAGGUCGACAUUGAUAAGCGGGAUAGGCCAGUCAAUAUGCGCUCAUUAGGUCAGCCUGAAUUGGGCGUCAGCAUCCCCAAGACAGCGGCAACGGUCGAGACUAUUUACAAGGGGAUAGAGAAAUGCGAUGAACAGAUUGUACCCGAUUGUCUUCGUGCUCUUUAUAACUUUACAUUCACUCCCGUGGCAACUGGGAAUAAUUCCAUUGCAAUCAUCGAGUACAACUCUCAAACAUACUUUCCCAGUGAUCUUGAUCUCUUCUUCGCCAACUUCUCGCCUAGCCGAGUCGGUCAGCGCCCCGUGCUGGAUAGCAUCGAUGGCGGCUAUCUCCAAACCAAAGAUCAAGAUGAAUCCGUUAACGGAGAGUCCGACUUGGGCCUGCAAUACGCGAUGUCGCUUGUGGGCCAAGAACAACCCGUUACCUUGUAUCAGUUUCUUCGCAACCUACUCGAUGCACUCGACGGCUCGUACUGCACCUUUGAGGGCGGAGAUGACCCGCAAUUUGGUGCGACGUAUCCUGACCCGAACGGUGUCGGCUACGAAGGUCCCGAGGAUUGCGGGACUGUCACCCCUGUAUAUGUGAUGUCGACGUCGUACUAUUACAACGAGGCUCAGUUUACACCAGCAUAUAAGCAGCGACAGUGUGCAGAGUAUGCGAAGUACAUGCCCCUACGUGACAAGUGUUGGAGCGACAUUAUAAGCUCAUAUGUCUCAACCGAUGCGUCGCUCGUCAAGGUGUACGAGCCAGAAAGCGCAUGCGAGCAGGUCAUCUACUCCGGUGGUGGCUUUUCGAACGUUCUCGAUAUGCCAUCCUACCAGAAGGCCGCGGUCGAGCACUACCUGUCCAACUACCCCCCUCCGUACUUUUCCACGAUAUACAACACAUCUGGAACACCCCGGGCAUACCCUGAUAUUUCCGCUAAUGGCUCCGCCUUCAUGGAGACGUUCAAUGACAUCACAUACGGGAGUAACCCUGGAUGCAACACGAGCGGAUUCUCUGCAGAGCCUGGGUGGGAUCCUGUCACCGGGUGGGCACGCCGAACUUUCCCAAGCUCCUCAAUCUUUGGCUGGCAUUGCCUUAGAGUUUCCUCCAAGCAGCGUUGCCGCAGCGAGCAAGCUUGGACCAAUAGGAAGCUAUGCUGUAUGGACGACGUCUUGGGCCAUCGGGAGUCUGGCCGAGAAUACUCGUUAGAGUCAAGUCCAUUUUUUGAUGAUAACGGUAUUGCGCGUGGGCUCGCAAAGAUAGCCUCACUUGAGUCGUACGUCCGUCGCAUCGACACGCUCGACAUCUGCAUGAAGAUCCUCGCCCUGACCAAGAAAACUGCCCCCAGUGAAACUACGCUUGUAGAACGCAUUUCUGCGGAUUUCGCCAGUGGUCAACCUGGCCCUAUCACAACGGUGAUCUUCGCAGGCUCCCAACUCCCUCGGAUGUCAACUUCACUCAAAAAGAAGAAGGGCCGUCAAGUUGUCGGAUACCAGCAUUUUAAGACUUUAGUAGACCUCCAGCUCUCCAAGGCUGGGGAAGAUGCAUAUGCAGUCGAUAGCGGGAGCAGUGUCACGUCUUCGUCUUCAAUUACCGUCGCACCCCAGACCCCAGCGAUUCUCGCAAGGACACGGCAGCAAACGAUCCAUGCGGCGCUGAAUUUGUCUCUGAGGGGCGGCAUAUUCAUCGACACCCGGUUCUAUCUCUUCUCCCGACGCAGUUCCUCUGGUACAGCCUCUACGCCACUCUCUGUGUACGCUAGCAGCAUGGCGCUCAUGAAUGCAUCUCCGGAGUUCCAGACAUUGCUGUCCGGAGGCUUCGCAGAGAGUUUAGUCUCCGACAACGAUGCAAUUAACGCAGACUACGCUUCGCAGCGAACCUCCCUCGCAGAGUACGGAUACGAAUCCGACAGCGACCUAGAAGACGAUGACGACGACGACGAUGGUGAUGGCGACGUCCACGAGAGUGAGAGCGGGCAGCGAUUAGACGGGCAACACGAGGGCAAUGACAGCAACGCCGAAUGUGCGGAAGCUGUGGGUCUGGAAGGCACUUCGGCAUCCACCGCUGCUUACCUACCCGGACGGCCUAUUGGAACCCAUAUGCAGCGCCCAGGGAGAACCGUGUUUGUCAAGGACGUGGCAUACAAAACGUGGUUAGCACUCAUCUCCUACUUCUAUACCGGAAACGUUGCUUUUUCCCGUCUUCGGUCGACCGCCGCGGAAAUGGAGAAAGUGAACAUCGUGCUGCCUAUGCCCCAUGACCCUCCGCUUUGCCAAGUCAAUGUACCGACUUGCCGACAAGGAUCACGUUUCAAUACUUGCAACAGAAGGGCGCCUGCCGCACAGCGGCGGUGUCGUGAUGGCAUUCAUUUUGAGUUUGGUUCCACGUCAAGGCCCUUCCCCCUUUUGGUCCUGACGAUCUCACCGGUUCUCGAGGGGCGCGUGAACAGUGGAUUUAUGGAGGACCACGAUGGUUCAAACAGCUCACGAGAUCCACCAUUCAGAGGCCAAAACACGGGGUGCAUCUAA